GAUUGAUUGAUUGAUUGAUCAAUUAAAAUACAGACAUGAUUACAAGUAAACACAGUAAAAAAUCAUUCAGAAUGGAUUAUUCAAAGUUUUCUGGUUCUUAAAAAAGACUUAAGAAGUCUGAUUGUUUUCCUCAAGCAAUUAUGUGACACAUCCUUACGAUAUUGACUUAUCGUUCUCUGUAACUCUGUUUCCGGCGAAUACCUCCGUUCAACAGUAUCUAGAGUUAGUCAUUUAGUUAUGACAUUGCUUCGGUUUAAGCAGUACAAAUUUUUAUACUUCUAUUUUUAUUUAUUUAAUUACAAGAUAUAUUUUAAAGUAUGAGAUAAUAUACUUAAAAACAAUUAAAAUGUUACCAAAAAUCUUAUUCAUAGUUCUCAUAAACUACUGCAUCUUGGUGGUGAUAAGUGAAAAUAACAAAAAUAAACAAGAACAACUAUGUGCUGCCCAUCAAACAUGUAAAGACUGUAUUCAGACUUCGAAUUGCAUCUGGUGUGCCAAAGUCAUGAAACCUAGUACAAGCAGUGAUGUUGAACCAGUUCGAUGUAUUCCUCGAGAUAAAUACAAUCAAUACUGGUGUCCAGCAUCUCAGGUGAUUAAUGAAACCUCAGCUAUUCUUGUAGAAAAAGAUCUUCCACUUACUUCAAGAAAAGAUGCAGAACCGGUACAAGUAAAACCUCAAAAAAUACGAAUUCAUCUUAGAAAAGGUGAAGAGAUUCGAAUAAAACUACAGUAUACCCAAGCUGAAGAUUAUCCAGUUGAUCUCUAUUAUCUUAUGGAUCUUUCUGCAUCAAUGCAACCAUAUAAAAAUCAGCUUUCUAAAUUAGGUGGUAACCUUGCAAAAGCUAUGAAAGCAUUAACUGGUAACUUUCGUCUUGGAUUUGGAAGUUUUGUUGACAAGGUUGUGCUACCAAUGACAGAUACACAACCUGAUAAAUUAAAAGUACCUUGUUCUUAUUACAAUGAAUAUAAUAAAAAAGUCAACUGUGCACCUCCUUAUGGAUAUCAGCACCAAAUGUCAUUAUCUGAAGAUUCAAAUGCAUUCAUGAGGAACGUUGAUGCAGCACCUAUUUCAGGAAAUAUAGAUGCUCCAGAGGGAGGAUUUGAUGCUUUAAUACAAUCAAUAGUAUGUACAGAACACAUCGGCUGGAGACAGAAAGCACGUCGACUUCUUGUAUUCUCAACAGAUGCUAAUUUCCAUCUUGCAGGCGACGGAAAACUUGCUGGAAUAGUUGAACCGAAUGAUGGAUUAUGUCAUCUAGAUGAGAAUGGUAUUUAUACUUACUCAUUAGUUCAAGAUUAUCCAUCAAUAUCUCAGAUAAACAGAAAAGCACAGGAACAUAAUAUUCAUAUAAUCUUCGCUGUGGAUAAAAGUAAAAAUACAACGUAUCAGUUAUUAAGUCAGAGUAUUGUUGAUGCUUCAGUAGGUCUUAUUCAAAAGAAUGAUACAGAUAAUGUCAUUCAAAUAAUAACAGGAGAAUAUGAGAAACUAGUAGAGUCUGUUGAAUUAAUUGAUAAUGCACCUAAAUAUGUCAGUGUUCAAUACUUUUCCCAUUGCUUGAACGAUACCAAAGAAUUGAAACGUUCCAAGUGUGAAGGACUUCGAUAUGGUGAUGUUGUUGAUUUUAAUAUCACUUUAAAGCUUUUAGAGUGUCCAUCAGAUCGAGCACUCUGGAAUCAACAAUUUGAAAUAAAACCACGAGGUUUGAAUGAAAGUCUUAAAAUUGAACUAGAGUUGAUGUGUGAAUGUCCUUGUGACAAACCUGAUUACAAGACUUAUGAAGCAAAAUCAACACAUUGUAAUAAUCAUGGAGAUUUAGUCUGUGGAAUAUGUUCUUGUCACGAAGGUUACAAUGGCAAAUAUUGCGACUGCCAUGGAAAUAAUAAUAAAAUGUCUGAUGAUUCAAACUCCACGAUAACUUCAAAUUGUCGAGCUUCAGUUAAUGAUACUGUAGAUUGUAGUGGUCAUGGUAUAUGUAAAUGUGGUACUUGUGAAUGUGAAGUACGACCGAAUCCAACGGAAAGAUUUGGCGGUACAUAUUGUGAAUGUAACAACUUUUCUUGCCAACGUCAUAAUCGUAUACUUUGCGGUGGUAAUGGCGAUUGUGUAUGCGGCACAUGUGAUUGCUAUCCUGGCUGGAUUGGUGAGAGUUGUGGUUGCCAUGACAAUACUACUUGUUUUCCACCUUCAACAUCAGGAAAGCAGAAUACUGAGAUUUGCAGUGGUCAUGGUGAUUGUAUUUGUGGAAAAUGUCAUUGUAAACCUCAAAAUAACAUACUCUACUCAGGUGUUUACUGCGAAGAUUGUCCGACUUGCUCAGGCCAACAUUGUGAAAAAUUAGCAAACUGUGUCGAAUGUUUAUGGACAUCAUAUAGUUCAAGAGCAACAAAUGAUGGAACACAAUCUGAGGAUGAUAGUUGCAGCAGUUGCCAUGAUGAAAUAGACAUUGAAAGGAUAGAUAAAGUGGAGAUUAAUACGACAGAACAUGAAGCUGGUAUGCGUUUGUGUCGUGUUCCAACUGAUGAUGGUUGUGUAUUAGUUUACAAGUAUCAACUAGUGAGUAAUCGAGGUGACAUUUCUGUCUUCAAGAUUUUCGUUGAAGAACAUAAAGAUUGCCCGUCAGUUAUUCCAAUUGUUGGUGUUGCAAUCGGAGUAGUUGUUAGUACAGUUGUACUUGGUCUAGUUGGACUCAUCAUUUGGAAGAUUGUUACGUCAAUUCAUGAUCAACGUGAAUAUGCUAAAUUUGAAAAAGAACGUGCCAUGGCCAAAUGGGAACGAGGUGAAAAUCCACUUUAUAGAAAAGCAACAACGACAUUCCAAAAUCCAACAUUUGACGUAAAUACACGUAAAUAGAAUAAAAGCCUAAAAGUCAUUAAUGUAAGUAAAUGAUAGUAAUAUAAUUGAUUAUCCAAUUGAUACUCAUUCGAUUUGUUUUUCACAAAUGUUUAUGAUGAAUAUAAUGAAAUAGGACGAAACUUAGUAUAUAUUAAUUUUCAACGAACCAAUUAUUUCUUCUUCUCAUCAAUAUGACGAACGAGAUUAGAGCAAGAUUCUUUCAAGUAAAGUGACUUGUGGACAUUUAACGUUUAUCUCCGUGUUCUUUAUAUUAUUCACGUAUAUAGCCCGCCUGCUUUCUUUAUUAUUCUUUUACUAGACUCGUUAGCGCGCGUUCGUAAAUCAAACCGCAGGGGUGCAACCGCUAAUACCCGUGAGCGUUUGCACGUUCCCGAGAAUCGCUUUCUCGGAUGGUAUACAUAUAUACACUAUAUCCACUUUAGCUGCAACACACUACACACUGCAGCAUAAACUUUCAGUAUAUCUCAUCGAUAAUGAGCUUGUUAAGUGGAUUAAUGUUGUUCAUGGUUAAUUUUUCGACCAUCAGACUUUUUGUUAAGUUUUAAUUUUUUCAAAUCAAGUAAAAUAAUCAGUUUUAUUAUUACUAUUAUCCUCAGUUGACAUGAAUUCCUACUAAAUAAAUAUCACGUUAAUAUUA